AUGAAACUUGACACAGUCCCCGGACCUGAUUUUAUAUCAGCAGACGUUCUUAAGGCUGAAAGAAAGGGUCCCAGAGCUGCUUGGACCACAUCUAGACGUGUCGAUAGCCAUAAAAAAUUGCUUUCACUUGUUGUAAUCUUCGUCUACUAUGAGAAAGCCUUCGACAGCGUAGAAACGAAUGCAGUGCUGAAGCUAGUUACUACCCACAGAGCUCUUGAGAGAUGUCUUCUGAAGUUUAACCGGCGCACACAACACCUAGCCGGUCUUCGCAGCUCCGACUCAAGAAGAGUAUCUCGACUUGUGUCUCGUCGAGAGGGAGUGACGUGUUCGCUUAACGGAUGGGAUAGGUACAAGGAGCAGAGUUGUGGGCAAAUGAAUACCGAUAUCGAGCAUAGGGAAUUCCGCCGAAGCGAUGGUCAGACCUCAUCUCGAAGUCCUCAAAAGAAAGAUAUGAGGAUUUUCGAGUACCUCCGAGAAGAGAUUGCCACUGAGCCGCCUUUAUGA